AUGUUUUGGGGUCUCAGCUCGGCACUCGAUUUAUACGCGGAAUAUGUGCAGGCCUUUAAGCUGCCGGAUGAUGCUGCAGACGCUCCAGUGGCAGGUCAACCCACUGAAAUGAAUAUACUCAUUUGUGGAGGCGCCGAUCCGCGACAUGUGAUCAAAACGCUGGCCAAACGCUAUACACAUGGUUGUAAGCCGAAGCUGAAUUUCUAUGUGCUGGAUGCCUGUGUGGAGAUUGUGGCCAGGAAUAUGCUGAUACUUGGCCUGGCACUGGAACCACCGGAAUCCUUCAGUUUGGUGUGCAAGACGCAUCUGUUUAUGGACAUCUAUGGCAACUCGCUAAUGCGACCCAGCUCCCAUCAUUAUAUGGCUGCCAAGGGACUCACUCUGUUGCGCAUGAUCUGCGAUGAGGAGCUGCGUCAGCGUCUGGCGCCCAUCUUCAACAUUGAUGCCUUUAAGUACAGGGAGCGUGAUGGCCUCGAAAUGACCUUUAACUAUUGGCGACAUCCGGAGGAGAUCUUCGAUAUACAACGCUGCUGGGAGCAUCGUGUGCGCUCUCUGCUGGGACCACGUUACGAUCAUCGGCAGGGCGCCUUUGACUGGGAUCUGAGCAUGACCCUCAAGGAUCGCGAGGGACAACAGAUUUGCUCGCAGGAGUAUCGCUACUGGCGGGAAUGUGGCGUUGCCUUUGUCUUUCCGGAAUAUGAGCACUGCAAGCCGAACAAAACCUUUGCCGCCGGUCUCACCCGGAAUGGACGCAACUAUGUGCAUCGCGGCUAUGUGGGUGACAUCCAAACCGGUCCCUUCUGUGCCUUUGGACUGCGCAGCUCCGAGGAGCGUAUGCAUCACUCUCAGCACGGCGAGAAUGACUAUCGUGCCACAGAUGUAACUGAGCGCAAUCUGCUCGAGCUGUUCCAUGAGCUGCAAACACAAUCCACCUAUGAGCACGACAAGACCAUCUCCAGGCGUUAUGGCCAAACACAGCUGCUGAUGACGCCCCUGCUCUCCUACAACGAAUGCGACAUCACCGAGGGACAGCAGAAAUAUGACAAGCCCUGGAUUCCAGUGCCCGAUGUGCAGAUUCACUUCAUGUCCAUCAUGGACAUACUGGAACUGCAAAAGGGAACCCGUUGGCAGGAUCAUUUCGACAUUGCUUUUAUGGCCUACAAUUACAAUACCUAUCUGAGCAAGCAGUUCCUUGGCGCUCUGCGUGAGCGGGCGCUCUUUGUGAUGGAGACAAAGCUGAUGACAGUGGAGCGCAAGGAGCACGUUCAAAAGUUUGAGACGAAAAUCAGGGAUUUGCUUAAGGAAGCUGGCUUAAAGCCGUGUAUCAACUAUCAGGCAAUAAAUGCUAAGAAUAUGCUAUUGAAGUACAAAAAGACAUUAGGCGGCGAGGUAGAUGAUAAUAUGCCAGAGGAAGAGUCCAACGAACUAAAUGAGGAAGACUCUAAUGAAAUGGGUUUAUAUAUAACCGAGAUACAGGAAGAAAAAGCGGACGAGAUAGAGAUAAAGCAGCAAAUUCAGCUGAAUGAAGAGCAACCAGAUGGAACUUCAAGUGAACAGACUAAGCGAGAAGAUCUCGAGAAUGUGGAGAAACUGAAAGAAUCAAAUAAAAUGGGAUUAUAUACAUCAGAGAUACAGAAAGUGCAAACGGAGGAGAUAGAAAUUAAGCAGCAAAUCCAGCUGAAUGAAAGACAACCAGAUGGGAUUUCAACUAAGCAAGAAGAUCUGGAGACUGAGGAGAAACUGAAAGAGGAAGAUACACAACUGAAGAAAGAUAUUAAUGAAUAGUUGUUUACAAAUUUAUUUCAACAGCAUCCAACGAAUUAAAAGAAAGAAGAGUCCAAUGAAAUGGGAUUAUAUAUGGAAGAUAGAAAUUACAAGAAAAAACAAGCAGAUGGAACUUUAAAUAAACUGACUUAGCAAGAAGAUCUCGAGACUGUGAAGCAACUGAAAGGAAAGAUAUUAAUGAAUAAUUGUAUACAUAAUUAGUUCAACAGUAUCUUAACUUUAUUACAAUUAACUUAAUAAGAAAGCAUUCAA